AUGGCUGAUUCAUCUUAUGAAAAAGGGCUUACAGAACUUUCAAAAAUGAAGGUAUUCCAUAUAUAUCUUGUUGAUACGCGACUACACCCGGGAAGCUAACCUCAAAAUUAGAAGAAAUUUUUUUUGUGUAACAUGAAACAAUCUUUUAUAUAUUAAUUUCUGUUUAGCUUGUAUAAUUAUAUUAGAUAAUCUUUAUUAAUAUUUGAAAGUUAUAUAUUUUAUUAAAUAUGAAAAAUAUUUAUAGAUCUUGAAAAUUAUAAAAAAGAAUUAUAACUAUAGAUGAAUAUCAUUGAACAGGUUGCAGAUUUAAAAAUUGAAUUGAAACAAAGAGGACUACCUACUACUGGUAACAAGAAUGAAUUGGUCGAAAGACUUCAAUUAGCAAUUCAUGGUGGACGAAGAAAUAGAAGAAUUAUCAAAUAAACCUGAUUCACAAGAAGGUAGUGAGAAAAGAAAAUUAUCUACUGAAAGUAAUGUAAGUGCAAAGAAAAUAGUUCUAAAUCGAAAGCCAGUAAUUGAAGAAAUUAAGAAUGAGCAGACAGAAAAAAUUGAGACUGAUACAAAAACUAUUGAGAUUGUGCCACCAGAAAGAAAGAUAAUUAAAUUAUCAGAGCUUGGUAUCAAAGAGAGAUUAGAAAUGAGAGCUAAGAAAUUUGGAUUACCAUUAUCAGAAGCUGCAAAGAAAGAAGCUAGAUCUGCAAGAUUCAGUAUUAAUAAUCAAAAUAAUAAAUCAGCUGCAUCUGUAAAAACACCUGUGGUAUAUAUAUUUAUCUGACUAUAAAUAUAUGUUUUAAUCUUUUUUGUAAUAUAAUUCAUUCUGUACAUUUACAGCAUACAACUUACGAAGUUCUAAAAAAACGAGCAGAAAGAUUUGGUACAUCUGUUUCUAGUUUAAUGGAAAAGGUAAUAAAUAAAAUUAAUGAAAAAAAAUUUUAAUUCUACUGUAUUACUGCAUUAUUUAAUAAUUCUUUAAUACUGUAUUUUAUUUCAGGCUGAAUUAGAAGCUAAAAUAGAAAAAAGAAAAGUGAGAUUUGGUGAAGUAAAGCCUACAAAUAAGAAAGUAUUUUAUAAUAAAGUUAAAAUUGUUAAAUGAUAUUCAGUGUUAUAUAUCAAACAACAACUUAGAUUGCAAACUUUAAAUUAAGUUUUCUUACUUCUAAUAUGACUAUUGUAUACAAAAUAAAAAAUCACUGUAUUUGUUAUAAAAUGUAUGACAAGUUUAAAAGAUUUUUUCGUAUAAUAUUUUAUUCUUUUUUUUAAAUAACUGUACGAAAAUUACACACACGUACUUUAUACUUGUAUUUCUAUUUAAUUAAAAUGAUUAUGAAAAGAACAUAAAAUGUAUAUAAGUGUGUGUAUGCGCGCGCGCACACACAGGCAGAGAGGUGUGUGUGUGUGUGUGUGUGUGAUCAUGAAUUGGGUAUAUGUGUGUGUAUAUAUAUAUAUAUAUUUAAGAGCAUGGUAUAUAAUAGAAAGAUUAUGCAAUGUUGCAAUAUUAUUGUUUUCAUUUUAAAUGAAAAAAUUAGUAUUACGGUAUAUUAAAAUUAACACGUAUCUUCUAUCAUUUUGAUUUUUAUACCAAAAUAAAUAAUUGACUUGCAAUAUGUGUAUAUUUAUAAUAUUAAAAUUUUAUAGUAUAGGAUAACAUGA